UUUCUCUGGUACUGAAGGCAUAGGGCGUCCGGAGGAGAGCGAGAUCUUGGAGCCUUCUUGCCGCAGUCAUAAUCGGCAAAAGAAAAAACUAAACUAAAAUCCGAUACGUUUUCAGGUCAAAUUUAGGGGCUGUUGUUCGUCGAGCCCUUUUGGCGCUGGAAGCCUGGAGCGGGGGAAGGAGCGGCCGCUGUGAAAGGCGCGAGUCUGUCCACGUCGACGGCUGAGCUCUCUUUCAUCCUGGUCUGUCUCUGCCGUCCCUCUUGCAUUUCUCGCCAGAGUGAAUGACAUGUCCGUGCAAUGGGCACGUUGUGGCUUCCUGAAAGUGAAAGCGAAAUCUGGUCUGCACGUUUUAGCUGCUCAAGUUAGUGGAGAAAAUCAAUCUGCCUAUCAUUUGUACGUGCAAGUCAUGAGAAGUUGGUCGGUUUAGUAGUCAGCAAAAGUUUAGAGUUUGGCCGCCGGCAGGAAAACCCGGUGCUGUUUUGCGACCGGCCCGCACAACUCCGGCAGGAGGUUCUUCUCUUCCGGGGGCGGCUACCUUGAUUUUCCUCUGCCCUGCGACUGCGAGCUGGCCCAAAUUAAUCACUGUAAUCUAAGCUAGAUGACUCAACACUCUUGAUCCUGUGAGGCAACCUGAUGUCUGGUGGUGUGUGCAUGCAUGCACAAGCACAAGCACAAGCUGCCCCUGAACCUUCCGCGCGCGGCUCGUGAUCUGCCGCUGCGCUGCCCGAUUCCACGGGCACCGCACCACGACGGGCCCAACCGGCGGCGAUGGUGUUGCCGCCGGGCACGGGGCUGGUGGCCUACAACGCGGCCAUCUCCCGCUGCGCCCGCGCGGGCCUCUACCCGCGCGCGCUCGCCCUGUUCCGCGAGAUGCGCGCCCGGGGCCUGCGCGCCGACGAGUACACCCUCCCGCCGCUCCUCAACUCCGCCGCGCUCCUGCGCGCCCCGCCCGCGGCGCGCGCGCUGCACGCCCUGCUCCUCCGCGCGGGCCUCGCGUCCCACCUCCACGUCGCCAACGCGCUCGUCGACGCCUACGCCAAGCUGUCCCGCCCGGCCGCCGCGCGCGCCGUGUUCGACGGAAUGCCGGCCCGGGACGUGGUCACCUGGACCUCCCUCCUCACGGGGCUCGCGCGCGCCGGGGCGCACGGCGAGGCCGCCCGUGUGUACAGCGGCAUGGUGGCCGCGGGGGUCGGCCCCGACGAGUUCGCCGUCGCGGCCGCCCUCAGCUCCUGCGCGGGCUCCACCAUGCUCGACAUGGGGCGGUCGGUGCACGCCGCGGCGGUCCGGCGCGGGCUCGAGCCGUUCCUCUCGGUCGGGAACUCGCUCGUGUCCAUGUACGCCAAGACCGGCGCGCUGCGCGACGCGCGGGCGGUGUUCGACGCGAUGCCGGCGCGGUGCACCAUCACGUGGACGGCCCUGAUCGUCGGGUGCGCGCAGAACGGCCGCGGAAGGCAGUCGCUCGAGAUCUACGCCGACAUGGUCCGGUCCGGGUGCAGGCCGGACUACGUGACCUUCAUCGGCCUGCUCUUCGCGUGCAGCCACGCCGGCCUCGUCGACGCCGGCCAGGCUCACUUCCGGUCCAUGGUCACCGACUACGGCAUCGCUCCCGGACCGGAUCACUACGCGUGCAUGGUCGACUUGCUAGGCCGGGCGGGGCGGCUGGAGGAAGCCAUGGACCUGCUGAACGGGAGCUCGACAGAGCUGGACGCCACAGUGGGUAAGGCGCUGCUGGGCGCGUGCCAUGUGCACCGGAACGCGGAGCUCGCGGAACACGCGGCCGAGAUGGUGUGGAGGCUGGACCCGACGGACGCCGUGCCGUACGUCAUGCUCUCCAACCUCUACUCCCGGGCGAGGCGUUGGGGCGACGUCGCCAGGAUCCGCGCGCUGAUGAAGUCGAGAGGGAUCACCAAGGAGCCCGGGUGCAGCUGGGUCGGGGUGAACGGCGUGGCGCACCUGUUCCACGUCGAGGACCGCGGCCACCCGCGCGCGGCCGAGAUCUACGGGAAGGUGGAGGAGAUGACGGAGAGGAUCCGGGCCGAAGGGUACGUGCCGGACACGGACUGGGCGUUGCAGGACGAGGCGCCGGAGGGGAGGGAGAGGGGGCUGGCGUACCACAGCGAGAGGCUCGCGGUGGCCUUCGGGCUGCUCGCCGUGCCGGCGGCCGCGCCCAUCCGUGUGUUCAAGAACCUCCGGGUGUGCGGCGACUGCCAUGCCGCGAUCAAGAUGGUCGCCAAGGUGUACGGCAGGGAGAUCAUUCUGAGAGAUGCGAACUGCUUCCACCACAUGAAGGAUGGAGCUUGUUCUUGUGGUGAUUACUGGUAGGGAGAUUCGGUAUAGUUUUCACUGUUGGAUCUUGGUAGAUUCACAGGGGCCUGU